UCUGACACCACCGUCUUACGUACUAUCACUUCGUCGCCUGUAUCACCACAGACAGGAUGCCCGACUGCGACAGAGACGGUUGAGAUAUGCUCGACGUGCAUGGUUCUUCAAUGCAUCACCAUUUCCACCCUGACUCACGGCUGCGGAUGCCCGACGCCAGUGCCCACUGAGUACGUCAGUUUUCCGUGCAAGGGAACGUGUGGCCGAAUCGGAUGCAGCACCAGCUACACCUUCAUCUCAGGCGAAGUGGCAUGCGAUGGCACUCAGAGUGGGAGCGCAGCGCCGGGCACCACCACAUCGACAAUUGAACCGGGUACUGUAACUACGACAGCAGAAGCAACCGGUGAAACGGGACAGUCGACGGGAAGUGGAGGACAAGCAAGUGGUUCAGCUAUGUCGCCAACUGCGGCUCCAAACGCGGCUGGGAGGCUUGCAGUGCCGUUUAGAUUUUGGUGA